AUGGCAAGCGAAGAGUCUGAACUACUGGCUCAAUUGUUCAAUGAGCCAGAUCAGGACUUGAGCUUAGGAGUCUCGUCCUUGUUUUGGCCUGAUCAGGUUCAAAAUGCCAAUACUAGCUCAUGCUAUUGGCCUCAAGAGAAGUGUAAUGCUACUAUUUUUAGUACUACUAUCAGUAGUAGCAGUUUAUUUGAUCAAUCUACUGCCUGUCAAUCUUACUACAAUAUGACUGCAUCCAAUGUGAUGCCUGAAAUUAAUAACGACAACAAGAAUGGCAGUUAUUUCAGUGGUGAAACCAGCAGUGAAGAUGCGGGAGAUUCGACCAUGAGCUUGGCUCAACAGAAGAGAAAGUUGAACAAGCCUGCAGAAAAUGAUAACCCAAAGAAGAAGGUUAAGAUUGGCAAGAAUCAAAAGACGAAGAAGCAUCAUGAGAAGAUUAUUACAUGUGACAAAGAUGAAAAGUGCUCGAGCUCUUGUUGCUCAGAGGAUGAUUCUAACACAUCUCAAGAGAAGAAUGGAGGAGAAAAUAUGGGCUCCGGGUCCAAAGGUAAGAAUGCCGCUCUAAAUCUGAAUGGAAAAGCAAGAGCUAGUCGAGGAUCUGCAACUGACCCUCAGAGCUUAUAUGCAAGGAAAAGGAGGGAAAGGAUUAAUGAGAGGUUGAGGAUAUUGCAGAAUCUGGUACCUAAUGGAACCAAAGUUGAUAUUAGCACAAUGCUAGAAGAAGCAGUUCAGUAUGUAAAGUUCUUGCAACUCCAAAUCAAGCUAUUGAGCUCUGAUGAUCUGUGGAUGUAUGCUCCCCUUGCGUACAAUGGAAUGGACAUUGGGCUUGAUUUAAGGAUCUCUCAGCCAAGGUUAUGA